GCAUAGAGUUCGUUGAUUGGUGGUUGUUUCGUCCUUUCUUUCUACUAGCGUCAAGGCCUGCUGGACAAACGUCACGUUUGAUACUUAAUAUUCAUGUGCCUGACCCUCGCCGUAGUAUGAUUAGUAGAACGCGUCACUUAGGGCUCCGCUGAUCUGCUGUGAGUGACAGCGCACGCUAGCCUCCGGAGGAAACGCAGAGACGUAAUGGCAGGUCUCGCGACCAUCCGUUUGAACCAACUUUAAUCAUGAAAUAGGCUGUUUGGCACGUGCCCCACCCCGAACGUAAUUUUUCCCAACCAUUUGGAGAAAUUCUGUUGCUUAAACAACACAGGCCUUUAUUAUUUUUCAACCAUGACUACUUACAACGUCUCACUUGCUGGACCUUCGCCUUGGGGUUUCCGGUUGCUGGGAGGCAAAGACUUCAACAUGCCCCUCACCGUUUCUAGGAUUACACCAGGGAGCAAGGCAGCAUUGAGCAGCCUAAAUCAGGGUGACAUCAUCGUGGCUAUUGAUGGAGUUAGCACAGAGGGGAUGACACACCUGGAGGCCCAAAACAAGAUCAAGUCUGCCACUUUCAAUAUGGCUCUCACCAUGCAAAGGUCAAAGCGGCCCACCCCAGUUCCCAUGGGUACACCAAGGAUUGACUCUCCUUUGCCUAUGAUCGCCCAUCAGAAGGUCAUUACCAACACAUCUGCCAACACUGAGUAUAUGCCCAGCUUCAACCCCAUAGCUCUGAAGGACACUGCACUCUCCACCAACAAGCCCAUAGAAGUGAAGGGGCCUGGAGGCAAGGCCACCAUCAUCCACGCUCAAUACAACACUCCUAUCAGCAUGUACUCCCAGGAUGCUAUCAUGGAUGCUAUUGCUGGUCAGUCCCAGGCCAGAGGUAGCGAGAUGUCCGGCAAUGAAGCGCUUACUGACUCCCCCCUAUCUGCAUCUAGUACUCCUGCCGAGCAUGCUCCAGUGUCUACCAGCUUUGCACCUGUCUGUCCGCCUACUAUCGCCGCUUCGCCCAAUGAGCUCCUUUUGGAGCCACAGAUAGCCAAUCAGGCACCUGAGGCUGAACAGAUUCCAGAACAACAUUCUGUGAACAGCUUCAACUUACAGGCGUCUAGUGGUUACACAUCCCAGUACAAAACCUCCAUCUCCAGUUCUUACAGCCAGCCUCCACCAAUGCACCAACCAAUGCACCCACCAAUGCAGCCACCAAUGCAGCCAUCACCCAUGCGGCAGCCACCACCACCAAUGCAGCACAGCUCCAUCCAGAUCCCUGUAGGUCCACCUAAAGUGGUCAGCACUGCCACCAUUUUACCCACAGGCUACCCAGCUCAUCCAGCUCCAGCAAUGGUUCACACGCCUGCUCCGAUUCCUCCUGCUGCACCUGCGCCAGCCUCUGGCCCUUCCUCCAACAGGCCCCCUUGGGUUACUGAUGAGAAUUUUGCCAAUAAGUUUGACCCUAUCAAACCCACCACAACAAAUAUAAAAGUUCAGCCUCUUCCCCAGGCUGCUCCACCACCGCCAGCCUACAUCCCCAACCCCGUCCGUGCUCACGCCCAAGCUCCUGCUGCACCUAGCCCCGCAUUCAACCCCACCCCGUUCCCACCUGUGGCCCGUGGAGUUGCUCAAAGGGCAGAGCGGUUUGCAGCCGGCAGCAGAACGCCUCUGUGUGGAUCCUGCAACAGCAUCAUCAGGGGACCGUUCCUGGUAGCACUGGGUCGUUCUUGGCAUCCAGAAGAGUUUAACUGCCAUUAUUGCCACUCGUCCCUGGCUGAUGUCAGCUUUGUGGAAGAGCAGAAUAAUGUUUACUGUGAGAACUGCUAUGGAGAGUUCUUUGCACCUACCUGUGCCCGCUGCAACACCAAGAUCAUGGGAGAAGUGAUGCAUGCACUUAGACAGACCUGGCAUACUACUUGCUUUGUAUGCGCAGCUUGUGGAAAGCCUUUUGGAAAUAGCCUGUUUCAUAUGGAGGAUGGGGAACCCUAUUGUGAGAAAGAUUACAUCAGUCUCUUCAGCACAAAGUGCCAUGGCUGUGACUUCCCAGUUGAGGCAGGAGACAAAUUUAUUGAAGCUCUUGGCCAUACUUGGCACGAUACUUGCUUUGUUUGUGCGGUGUGCAAUGUGAAUCUGGAAGGACAACCUUUCUAUUCCAAGAAGGACAAGCCCUUAUGCAAGAAGCAUGCACAUGCCAUUAAUGUGUAGAUGCUGAAAUAGUGCAACAUAAGUUGUCUAAAGGAACCAAAUGCAAUUUACAUAACAUCUGCAUUAAGGUUCUGUGGCAAAGCGUCAGUGCCAAAUCCAAAUGAAAUGGAAAAUUAUUAAACAAAUGACUGAAUUAUACAUACAAUAGGUGUUCUGACAAAAUGCAUGUAAUUCAUUAAAGCCCAAUGUGCACAUUGUUAUUAUUUUGGUUAUAUUUUUGCCUGAUACACAUUAUAAAAUUGAUAUAACCUCAGAUUCACUUUAUGGAUUAGUGACAAACUUUGUUUUGGUAAGAGAGAAUUUAAUAGGUUAUUCAAGGGUACAUGGGCAAGAAUAACAAUCUUGAGUUGAUGUAUUUGCAGAUCAGAAACAGUCUGAUUGAAAAUCUAUCUAUUUUAUGCCUUAAAAAAAAGUUUAUUUUUAUUGCAUUACAGUUUUUUUCACAUAAUAUUAUAAGGCCUACAGUUUUCACACUCGCACAGGAAUCACAAAGAAUGUGCUGGUGUCUAAGGUGGCAUAAGCAAUUUCUAAGAAAGGCUGUUAAAAACUGAAUGAACACCCAAAAGAGAGAGCGACCGAGCAAACAUUUGUUAAUAUGUGUUUUGACAGUGCUCUGAUAAAGCUAACUACACCGUUAAUUGUUUAAUGAUUGUGUUUAAGUGCUAACAAUCUCCAUCAAUGGUUUUGUGUGAAUGUGUGGUCAUUAAUCCAAUUGUCAUGUCAAUAUUAGUGUUUUUGAUUAUGAUAAAACAUGAUUAUGCUAGCUAACUAGAAUUAGAAUAAAUAUAGUGUAUGCAAGACUUAGCUGUAUAAUAUCCAUCCUGUGAGGUUUAACGAAAUACACUUAAGCGGUUCAUGUUUUGCCUGGUUACCUUGUUUUUUGUGGUGGAAAAAACUCUACAUUCUUUGCCAUUUAAACUGUUUUAAAAUAGCACGGGUUGUUCUCUUUGCCAAGAAUGAGGAGUUCAUACGAGACAAUUAAGACAAGACCAGUUUUAUCAAAAACUGCAAUUUUUUAUCUUUAUACAAAACAAUGACAAAUGUGUUAACUCAGAUGUAUUUUAUUUUCUUUGUGGGUAAAUGCUGCCCUGUGAGGUGCAACUCUGAGAGCACAGUUUAUUAUAUUACAGUUAUUAUUUCAUGCCAAUUUGCUAUCACACCAAUGUAAAACAUCAAGACUGUAGACACUCAUAUUUUCUUUAGUCUGUUUGAUGUUAUUUUUCAUGCAUACAAUUCUUGAACUUGAACAUAGAAACUUGUUUCAUUGAGACAUUUUUAGAAAUGUGUCAUUAAUGCACCAGCAUAGUACAUAUAUUUUCACUUCCAUGUUUUUAAUUUAUUCUAACGUAACACAAGAGUUGAGAUGUGUUCUAAGGACUAUAGAUUUCAGGUUGUCUUUUAAAAGUAUUAUUUACACAAGUACCAGUUUGGCAUGUAAUAUAUGCCUCUCUAACAUGUAAUAAAUUAUUAACAUCUUUUUUACACAAGUAAUUUAUAGCAGACUUCCGUUUAAAUAUAUAGGAAUAACGAAUAAUUUUAGCAUGCUACAGAAACGCAUAUUUUAUUUUCAUUGUGUACUUUAAUGCUAUUGAAUGCGUCACUUUUCAUAUUGUGUUAUCUGUGUCUUCUGCCAUAUUCUGCGGUUCACCUGGGUAUUUUAAACUAUUUAAGUAUCCAGAUACAGAAAAAUAUAUAAAAGAGCCAUAAAUGAUUUUCUGUAUUUGCAGGUCAUUAGUAUUGUUUCAGCACCCCAUUAAAAAAAAUCUGUUACACGUGG